AGAAGAGCUUGCAGUAUUUGUGAAAUGUGGUGGUUGACGUCCUACCCGAACUUUCUUGGCCUACCUGUCUGUCUGCACUUGCUAGUGUUCUGAAACUGUAUGUAUCUAUGAAGCUGUAUGUAUGGCUUUGGCAGGUUUGUACAGUUAACUUUCGUAGCCUUCGUCCUUGUUUUCGGUGGAGCCGUUUGUAUCACCAUCAAGAAUAUUACCUGUUGAUAUCUUAGAAGCAAAGACUGAAAAGUGACGCUAUUACAGCAAGUUACAGCCAAUGUGUUUUCUUUUUGUUGUGAUCCGGUCGUACCUCCCAGAGUGUUGCAGCAGAACUACAAUGAACUCAUUCGUCAAGGAGGACCAGUUUACUCAGUGAAAGCAAGCAGCUACAUUAAUCAGAAUAAAAAUGGUUAUCUCUUGUAAGAUCUUUAGGGAUCAUAUAAUUUAUUCUAGAGUACAUUAGUCUUAGACCCGUUGUGAUGGCUUCUUCUGGCAAUCUUCGAGCCGUGAAAGUGUCAGAAGUAUUUUUAGUCUUUUGGACAGUCCUGACUGUGGUCAGUGCCUUCAACUGUCACCCAAAGUGUAACUGUAUCUGGAGAAAUGGAAAGCAGACGGCUGAAUGCUCUGGGGUCGGGUUUAAUGUAGUUCCCUCAGAACUGGCUAGUGGUGUACAAGUUUUGAACAUAUCCAAAAACAAGAUUCGCAUUUUACACCGUGAUGCUUUUCUGCAGGUGGGCUUAGUUAACCUACAGAAAGUCUUUUUGUCUCACUGUGACAUAGACCAGGUUAAUGAAUAUGCAUUUAAUCGGUUAACUAACCUAGUGGAGCUAGAUCUUAGUUACAAUAAAUUAACCACUGUCCCUUCCGCAAGUUUCAUUCACGUUCCACGUCUUAGAGAGCUGAAGAUUAGCGGAAACCCUUUAUCCACUCUACCUAAUCACGCUUUUUCUUCCGCCAAAUCCUUAAAAACCCUUGAGUUAUCGAAUUGUCAUAUACAUACUAUAACAGCAAAUGCAUUUAAUGGUUUAGAAAACCUUCAAGUAUUAAGAAUCGACUUCAACAACCUAGAGACUGUAUCAGGUAAAGUCAUGAUUCCUCUAAAAUCAUUAGACGAUAUUUCUUUGUACGACAACCCCUGGAGAUGUGACUGUAAACUACGUAGUUUUCGGCAGUGGCUAGACGAAAACAACAUACCUUAUACUCCUCCCAGAUGCCAUCAACCCUUACAUGUUAAGGAUAAAAUGUGGGAUUUGAUCAGAAUCGACGACUUUUCUUGUCCUCCUCAGUUUCUUAAUACAUCUAGCGUAGUCAGUGUUUAUGAAAAUGCAAAUGUCACAUUAGAAUGUAGAGUAACAGGAGAUCCGAGUCCAACCAUUAAGUGGGUGUGGCGACAAAGAACAAUUGCAAACUUUUCUGAAGGGAUUUCCUCACAACAGACGUUUGUCGUUAGCGAGAUGGGACAAAGAGAGAAGCUUUCUCGUUUAAAGAUAACAUUUGUCCAAGAUCCAAAUGCUGGAACAUAUUCGUGCAUUGCCGAAAACCUUGCCGGAAUACGGAUAAAAAAUUUUACUUUGGUAAUUUCUCGGCAUCCCGUAACAGAACAGAAAAUAACUGGCAGAGAAAAGCCACAAGAGGUGAGGGAGAAAAGCACUCCUGUACAAAAUGAUAAAGAAGAAAAAGGUGAUAGUGGAUCUACAAUAGGAAUGAUUAUUGGAAUCAUCAUUGGCGCUCUUUUGGUAUUACUCGUAUUUGCUCUUUUGUUAUGGAUAUUGCGUAGAAGACAACGAAAAUCAGGCAGUCACAAGCGGCAGGACGUCAGCCACAAACUGGGAAAUUCUAUUGGUAGCAAUGAGGUUAAAGAGCUACAGGAAGAUGUAGACUUGAAACUGCUUGGUACUAGUACAAUAGAAAAACCCUCUAGGCUAGGUGCAUAUGAAGGGCUACCGACAUCCGACAUAGAUUCUUACGAUCCACUGAUAAGGGACAUUGGUUUGUCUCCUAAUGUUUGGGUAGUGAAUGACCACAUGCCCGCUAAAGCAUCCUGGGAAAGCCCUUUGAAACCAGAAUCCUCUUUUCAUCUUCCUCCUCCUCCCCAGGUGGAGAAACGAUUGAAUGCCCGUGGUCCUAUUCCCGUCCCUAUGCCUGUUCCACCAGGUGACCUUCAUUCACGCCUGCAGAAUGAAUUGGCUGAUACCUUUCGGCGAAAAGAUGAACGUAAGCCAUUUGAAAGAGAACGGGGAGAUGGAAGUUCAGAAAUGGAAGCCAAUGAAUUGGAGAAUGAUCCAAAACUAUCUCAGCCUAGAGCCAAAGAGCUCCUGAGGCAGGACCCUGACGAUGAUAUCCGAGAUAAAGUUUUAUCACCUCUCAAUUCAGAAGGAAAUGCACCUGAUUUGUUAUCUCGUCCCAACCAGGUGGUUGAGCCUACACCUGUCAUUGAAAAUCCUUCGGCUUACUUCCGGCCGAUUGAAGAUGUGACAUCACAAAAUAAAGGAGACAAGGCACCUGAGGUCUUUGAGGGAGGAGUUGAUGGCACCGAGGUCUGAAACAUCGACAGCCGUCUAAAAUAAGCUUUAUAAAAUAUUGUUGAUCAUUUAAUGGGCUAUAAAACACACUACAUGUUAUUCCUAAUGAAGGAAAAUGCUAACAAGUGGUCUCUCUCUUGUGCAUUAUGUAGCAACGAUGGAAAUGAAAGUCAGUGUAUUCUCAACUUGAGACAUUUAACUUGCCGUAGCUGCUUACCAGCUAACUUAAAAAAAAACUGCAACUUCAGAAUGUGUUAGCCCGUAAACUUUCAUGCACAUACAGAAUGUAAAGUGUGGAAUAAAAUACCUUAAGGAAAAGAGAAAGCUUUAUCAGUUGCAGACAGUUGUUCAUUCGUGUUAGGUCACGAAAUACGUGAUUAUGAUGUUGCUUUUCCUGCUGUUUUUGAUGGAUAAGAUAAUUUUAAUACAAAAGUAAUUUUAUGUAAGGAAGUUCUUUCGAAAGGUAUAUACAUAUAGAUAUUUGUGUGUGUGUGUGCAUGAUGAGCAUAUGUUUCCUUUAGGACAGUAGAUCCACUUGCUUCUGUAUCUACCACUUACCUGUUUCGUUAUCGUAAGGUGAGAACGUAAGUAUUACAUAUGUAUAUAAGUGUGACUGCCCUUUAGCCGCUCGAGAAUUUUGUAUACAACUUAGUAGUACGAAAUAACAACCGAUUGAGACUGCGUGUUUUAUAAUGGAAGCUGAAUCGAAUUCUGGUGCGAGCUUUAACGUUAAAGUUUUCCCGUACUGUUGUGUGCUAUAACCUCAUUAUUUCAACUAUAAAAGUAGUUAAUUCCACAGGCAGGGUGUUUGAAAAAUUCUACCAAUUCUUUUACAAUAAUUGGAGGUUAAUGUGGAACGUGCGUCUACAAUCAGCAUGGUUCCACAAGGACAUUAAAAUUUUUCUCGGUUUUAUUUUUUACGUUGAUAUACUAUUCUUUUCCAUAUUAGUUACUGUUGUAUUAGCAUUGCCCAAAACUAAAACCUGUAUUUUCUUCCACUGUUAACUGCUACUCAGUAAAAACAGAGGUAAAUGACCAAUGCAUUUUUGAUGUUGCAAGAGUUUAUUGCACCCUGCUUGUCAUGUAAGGUCAGUCUUUUGUAAACAAGGAUACUGACAUUUUGUUUAAGUAGACUCCAGAAACAAAGAAUGGCUAAUUGCCGCAGGCAGACUUAUAAAGGUUGAAGGAAAUUAUAUCAUUUCGGUCUAAAGUGUAUUUACUGUAUUAAUAUUCACUAUAGCCCUCAAAAACAAUUUUGUUUCACUUGUCCUUAAAAAAAAAAAAAGAACGUACUUUUAAUUUCUUAUUUUCAUGC